AGUUGAGAUAUGGACGUGGACGUGGUCGCGUGAAUGACUAACCGUUUCGAGUGUGCUGUGCUACCGAGUUCAACUUGCAUCUAUUGAUUGAAUAAAAUGCUGAUAAUUGUCAAUAAAUGCUGAACGCUGCAGAAAAUCGACAAAAAGUUAACAAAUAGUUGACUGAAUUUUCUCAAAUUAAAUAUAUAAAAAUACAAUAUCAGAAAAGGUCAUGAGUUUCUGGCAGCGCGAAUGGAAAUCGCCAACACAAUUGGUGAUAUUCUACCUGCUCAUCUCAGCAAUUUGCAUAGCUCAUUGUCGUGGUGCAGGUGUAACCGUGGAUAGCAAACCUGGCAAAAAGUCAGCACCACUGCGCAUCACAAAACCACAACCGACUAGUAGCAGCACCACCACUGUGCCACCGACAACCAAUGAGCCCACCAGCACUUAUGAGCAACUGGCGCCACUGAUAUCCUCCACAACGGAGAACAUCGCCAGCAGUGCCGGAAUCAGCAGUGGUGACGACAGGAGCACAACUGCAGCUGGCAGCUUGGUCCCAGAGAUUUGCAUCAAUGGACUGCAGCUGAGCGUAACGAAUGUGGAUGGGGAGCAAGUGAUGCGCAGGCAGCAGGAGCUAGUGCAGGUCAUCGAAGGAGAUGUCAUGCUCAGUGUUCUAACUAGCGAUCCUGUUUCGGCGCUGUUUAUCAUCAAUCGCGUCAAUCAAGCAAAUAUUAUAUCAGCUGACUUUGAAGUUGGCAUACGUGCCAUUAGCGUAGAUAAUGCCAGUCUGGCCGAGAAUCUGCUCAUACAGGAAGUUCAAUAUUUGCAGCAGUGCACACAAUACUCAAUAGGCAUAUUCAUUGAUUAUGAUCUAUACAAACGCCUCGAGUCCAUUAUCAGUGACUUAGAGUACAAUGUGUGGCCUAUACCCACAACGCGUGCCCAUCUCUUUCCCAAAGUGGCGCACCUACUACAUCAGAUGCCCUGGGGCGAGAAGAUUGCCUCUGUGGAGAUAAUAAGUGAAAAUUUGGAUGUAUAUAAUGAGUUCAUGGAUGCCGCCAGGCAGGAGCACAUGUGCCUCAUGCACUUCAAGAGCGACGAUAAUAUUUACAUAGUAUUCGGCAACAAGAUGAACAAUCACUUUAAGGAGAACAGCACAGUAUUCGCCGUGCCCACAGAGCGUACAGAUCACGCUUUUUUGGAAGAACUUCCCAACAAAGCAUUUAUACUCAUGGAGAAUGAAAUUGAGCUGCGCACUGUUGAUUUGGAUGCAAUGCCCACAACGUUGGAUGAUGUACUCAUUGGGAAGAGUGUGCUUCCAUCGCGAAUUCUCUCAUUUGCCAGCCCCAUUGUGGAUCUGAUGAACUGGCUGCGCGCCUCGCUGUCCAAGCACUGCAAGCGUGACGAGGAUCUGUAUGUGCUACAGAGCUGUUUUAAUUUUCUCAACUUUAUCGAGGACUGGCGCACACCUGAGUAUCGCCGAAAACAUGAUACCGUCGAGCUGCUCUCACUGUUGCGCAUGCGCAAGCUGUCCACCUCGAUGACCUUUCAGAUGUACCAAAAGAAACAGAACACUGUGGAUGUAAUCACAGGCGAGUCACGCAUGGAGCUGCGCGAGAUCGCUUCGCAGAACUUCGUGACAAAUGUGACAACCUACUAUCAUUAUAAUCGCGACAAUCACACCAGCCUGGAGCUUAAGACCAAGUUUGGAUUGGUCUUUAAUUGCCAGUACACACCGGGCGACAAUCGACGGCAUCCGUUCCUGUUCGAUGGGGAGAGCGUCAUGUUUUGGCGCAUCAAGAUGGACACGUGGGUGGCAGCGGGUUUGACAGCCGCCAUACUUGGCCUGAUUGCCACGCUGGCUAUUCUAGUGUUCAUUGUGGUGCGCAUCUCCUUAGGCGAUGUAUUUGAGGGCAACCCGGUGACGACUAUAUUGCUGCUGCUAUCACUUAUUCUGGUCUUCUGCUCCUUUGUGCCCUUCUCCAUGGAGUACGUGGGCGAGCAACGCAACUCGCAUGUGACUUUCGAAGAUGUCAACACCCUAAAUACUCUCUGUGCCGUGCGAGUUUUCAUGAUGACGCUCGUCUAUUGCUUUGUCUUCUCGUUGCUGCUCUGUCGCGCUGUGAUGUUAGCCUCCAUUGGUUCCGAGGGCGGUUUUCUGUCCCACGUAAAUGGAUAUAUUCAGGCUAUAAUCUGUGUGUUUAGCGUCUUUGUUCAGCUAGGCAUGUCCGUGCAGUUGCUCGUGGUUAUGAACAUGGCCUCGGAGAGUGUCUCUUGUGAGAACAUCUACUACGGUCGCUGGCUCUGGGGUCUUCUAGCCUAUGAUUUUCUGUUGCUCUGCUCUCUGGUGGCCCUAGUACCAUUCAUCUAUCGAUCGCAACGCAACUAUCGCGAGGGCAUUUUGAUCGUAAUUGGCGCUGUGCUUAUUCUAAUCAUCUGGAGCGUGUGGAUUGCCUUGUCGCUCUUCGGCGACGAAUGGCGGGAUGCUGCCAUUCCGCUAGGAUUACAGGCCAGUGGAUGGGCGGUGCUGGUUGGUAUUCUCAUACCACGCACAUUUCUCAUUGUUCGUGGCAUUGAGCGCUCGGAUAUUGCCCAGGCGCUGCCCUCGCUCACCUCCCUCGCCUUUGCCCAGAACAAUCAGUACUCCUCGGAGCAGAGCGUGUACGAGUGCGUGAAUCCCGCUAUGCGGCACUGUUCGCAGGAGGAGAUGCAUCACCAGUCGCCUAGCGAGAUACCGACGCUGCCCUUGCGCGGCGGCGGUCCGCGACGCCAGCAGUUCUUUGCCAAUCUACGCCAGGCUAAUGCCAACAUAAAUCCGCAACGUCCUCCACCGCGUCCACAGCAGAGCCCUUCGCGUUCGUCCGUCUGCUCCUUGCCGCCCUCACCAGAGCACAGCAAGAUAACCCGGUUCUAAGCGGAUCGGCUGUGAGAUCUCCUAUCUUUGGCAGCACACCUCAACUUCCGUUCCAACUCUAGUCAAAGCGCCAAGAAAGUGCAUUCAGUAAACUUCUUUUAUCUAAUUGUUAAAAACAUUCAACAUAAUAUUUGACGAACCAGUAAUUAAAAGCCAUUUACGACAUUAAUAUGAAUAAUUAAAAAAAAUAAUAAUAAUAAUUAAA